GGCCAGCGGAGGCCUCUGUCCCUCUCAGGUCCCUGGACGGCCGCUCCUGGCCUGGGCCACGCUCCUUGCUGACCUGAAGUCAGGGCUGGGAGGACCAGGACAGGCGGCAGGGGCUUCGUCUGCAGGAGUCAUGUGACCCGGAACAUCCUGAACAGCUUCUGCCACCAGCCCCCCGCGUCCAUGCCCCGGUCAGUCCUGGGGGCCCUGACCCUCUCCACCGCCAUGAAAUGCGACCCCCACGACGGCUGCUCCCUGCUGCUGCGCGUGAACACUUCUCUCAGGCUGCACGAGAGCCUGCGGGGCCUGGAGGCCUGUGCCCUGAGCAUGGACACGCAGGAGACACACUGUCAGAGCGUGCGCGUCGCCAGGGCCUCGCGCCGGCUGCACGUGGGGCAGCAGGUGCACUUCGGCUGCUUCGAGGUCAGCGCAGCCCAGAGCGUCCACGUCACCCUCAGGACUGUCCCCCACUUCUGUGGGGUGCAGCUGGAACAGCAGUACCAUGUGGAAGACUGUGGAGACGAGGACGUGGGGAGGAACCUGCCCGGCUGCCUUGCCGGGAAGCUGUCCUACUGGGUGGAUCGCAGUCACAAGGUCGUUCAGGUGCAGCUGCCCGAGGCCCCUGGGGGCACCGACUACUACGUGCGGCUCUGCCGCAAGUGGUUCACCUGCGAGGACGUGGGCGCGGUGGUGCAGGUGAGCGCAGGCCCAGGCCCC